CCGGACUCCUCCCCGCCCCCUCGGUCCGUGGGCACCGCCACCUGGUCCAGAGAGUCCCUCGAGGGGACCUAGAGGCUCCGCUCAGGCCGAGCGCUCACUGUGGAGACGCGGAGGGAGUGCGGGCCAGGGAGGAGGAGCGAAGGUGUAGGGCAGAACUUCGCCAGGAACAGGAAACCUACGGCUGGGCAGGGGCGGCGACGGCGGCGCGGGGCCAUCGCAGUGUCCCCAGCGGUGGCCUCGCUGCCGCGCCCCGAGCUGAGCCGCUUGGACCCCUCGCACCCAGCGGGCCCCAGCUCACCCUUGCGUGCAGCGGAGACAGCGGGGACAGCCACAGGAGCGUGAAGCAGCAUGUCUGACAAAAUGUCCAGCUUCCUCUACAUUGGGGACAUCGUGUCCCUGUACGCGGAGGGCUCGGUCAAUGGCUUCAUCAGCACCCUGGGGUUGGUGGAUGACCGUUGCGUGGUGCACCCAGAGGCGGGGGACCUUGCCAACCCACCCAAGAAGUUCAGAGACUGCCUGUUCAAGGUGUGCCCUAUGAAUCGGUACUCUGCCCAGAAGCAAUACUGGAAAGCCAAGCAGGCGAAGCAGGGGAACCAUACCGAAGCUGCCCUGCUGAAGAAGCUCCAGCAUGCUGCAGAGCUGGAACAAAAACAGAAUGAGUCAGAGAACAGAAAACUUUUGGGAGAAAUCGUGAAAUAUAGCAACGUUAUCCAACUACUGCAUAUAAAAAGCAACAAGUACCUGACCGUGAACAAGAGGUUACCUGCUUUACUGGAGAAGAACGCCAUGCGUGUGUCACUGGAUGCUGCGGGGAACGAAGGGUCCUGGUUCUACAUCCAUCCCUUCUGGAAGCUGAGAAGUGAGGGUGAUAAUAUCGUCGUAGGAGACAAAGUCGUUCUGAUGCCUGUAAAUGCUGGGCAGCCCCUGCAUGCCAGCAACGUGGAGCUCUUGGACAACCCGGGCUGCAAAGAGGUGAAUGCUGUUAAUUGUAACACUAGCUGGAAAAUCACUUUAUUCAUGAAAUUCAGUUCCUAUCGAGAGGAUGUAUUAAAAGGGGGUGACGUUGUGAGACUGUUUCAUGCGGAACAAGAGAAGUUUCUGACCUGUGAUGACUAUGAGAAAAAACAGCAUAUUUUCCUUCGGACAACCUUGCGUCAGUCAGCAACUUCAGCCACUAGUUCUAAAGCACUCUGGGAAAUAGAGGUGGUUCACCAUGACCCAUGCCGUGGAGGUGCGGGACAGUGGAACAGCCUCUUCAGGUUUAAGCAUCUUGCAACUGGGAACUACUUAGCAGCAGAGCUUAAUCCUGAUUAUCGAGAUGCUCAAAAUGAAGGAAAAACUGUGAGAGACGGGGAACUUCCAACACCAAAGAAAAAACGCCAGGCAGGGGAGAAGAUCAUGUACACGCUGGUCUCAGUCCCCCACGGAAACGACAUCGCAUCCCUUUUUGAACUUGACGCCACAACUCUGCAGAGAGCUGACUGCCUGGUUCCGAGGAACUCCUAUGUGCGGUUAAGACACUUGUGCACCAACACCUGGGUAACGAGCACCAGCGUCCCCAUAGACACGGAGGAAGAGAGGCCUGUCAUGUUGAAAAUUGGGACCUGCCAGACCAAGGAAGACAAGGAAGCCUUUGCAAUUGUGUGCGUCCCGCUGUCUGAGGUCCGAGACUUGGACUUUGCCAACGAUGCCAACAAAGUGCUGGCCACCACGGUGAAGAAGCUAGAGAAUGGCAGCAUCACUCAGAAUGAGAGGAGGUUUGUGACUAAGUUGUUGGAAGACCUCAUUUUCUUUGUGGCCGACGUGACCAACAACGGACAGGACGUUCUGGAUGUGGUCAUCACCAAGCCAAACCGUGAACGGCAAAAACUAAUGAGGGAACAGAAUAUACUGGCGCAGGUGUUUGGGAUUCUUAAAGCGCCUUUCAAGGAGAAGGCUGGAGAAGGUUCAAUGCUGAGGCUGGAGGACCUGGGCGACCAGCGCUAUGCUCCGUACAAGUAUGUGCUGCGCCUCUGCUACCGUGUGCUGCGGCAUUCGCAGCAGGACUACAGGAAGAACCAGGAGUACAUUGCUAAGAACUUCUGUGUUAUGCAGUCCCAGAUCGGCUAUGAUAUCUUAGCAGAAGAUACGAUUACGGCCUUGUUACACAACAACCGCAAACUCCUGGAGAAGCACAUCACAGCCAAAGAAAUCGAGACCUUUGUCAGCCUGCUCAGGAGGAACCGGGAGCCGAGGUUUCUGGACUAUUUGUCUGAUCUCUGUGUGUCCAAUAGCACGGCCAUCCCCGUCACUCAGGAGCUCAUCUGCAAAUUCAUGCUGAGCCCUGGCAAUGCGGACAUCCUCAUUCAGACAAAGCUGGUGUCCAUGCAAGUGGAAAACCCCAUGGACAGCUCCAUCCUUCCUGAUGAUGUUGAUGACGAGGAGGUUUGGCUUUACUGGAUUGACAGCAACAAGGAGCCUCAUGGCAAGGCCAUCAGACACCUUGCGCAGGAAGCUAGGGAAGGCACCAAAGCUGACCUAGAAGUUCUGACCUAUUACAGGUACCAGCUCAACCUCUUUGCAAGGAUGUGCUUGGACCGCCAGUAUCUGGCCAUCAACCAGAUUUCAACACAGCUGUCUGUAGACCUGAUCCUGCGGUGUGUGUCUGACGAGAGUCUGCCCUUUGACCUCCGAGCAUCUUUCUGUCGACUCAUGCUCCACAUGCAUGUUGACCGGGACCCCCAGGAGUCUGUGGUACCCGUUCGCUACGCCCGGCUCUGGACUGAAAUCCCCACAAAGAUCACCAUUCAUGAGUAUGACUCCAUCACAGACUCUUCCAGAAAUGACAUGAAGAGGAAGUUUGCCCUGACAAUGGAAUUUGUCGAAGAAUAUUUGAAAGAAGUUGUAAAUCAACCGUUUCCUUUUGGAGACAAAGAGAAAAAUAAACUGACUUUUGAGGUGGUUCACCUGGCUCGGAACCUGAUCUACUUCGGAUUCUACAGCUUCAGCGAGUUGCUGCGGCUGACAAGAACUCUGCUGGCGAUCCUAGACAUCGUCCAGGCCCCCAUGUCCUCAUAUUUUGAAAGAUUAAGCAAGUUUCAAGAUGGAAGCAACAAUGUCAUGAGGACCAUCCACGGGGUGGGAGAGAUGAUGACCCAGAUGGUGCUCAGCAGAGGCUCCAUCUUCCCAGUGAGUGUGCCUGACACACAGCCCAGCGUCCACCCCAGCAAGCAGGCGAGCCCUGGAGAGCAGGAGGAUGUCACGGUGAUGGACACCAAGCUAAAGGUCAUCGAGAUUUUACAGUUCAUCCUGAGCGUCAGGCUGGACUACCGGAUCUCUUACAUGCUGUCCAUAUACAAGAAGGAAUUUGGAGACAACAAUGACAAUGGUGACCCCUCUGCCAGCGGCACCCCGGACACACUGCUACCGUCAGCUCUUGUUCCUGACAUCGACGAGAUUGCAGCUCAGGCAGAAACGAUGUUUGCUGGAAGAAAAGAAAAAACUCCAGUUCAGCUUGAUGAUGAAGGAGGCAGGACAUUCUUACGAGUCCUUAUCCACCUCAUCAUGCAUGACUAUGCUCCGCUGCUGUCUGGAGCCCUGCAGCUGCUGUUCAAGCACUUCAGCCAGAGAGCAGAAGUACUCCAGGCCUUUAAACAGGUGCAAUUACUGGUGUCGAACCAAGAUGUUGAUAACUACAAGCAAAUCAAAGCAGACCUAGACCAACUUCGGCUGACAGUGGAGAAAUCUGAGCUGUGGGUGGAAAAGAGCGGCAACUAUGAGAAUGGAGAUGUGGGUGAAGGCCAGGCCAAAGGAGGCGAAGAGGCAAAUGAGGAAUCCAACCUCUUGAGCCCGGUGCAGGAUGGCAUGAAGACACCUCAGAUCGACAGCAACAAGGGCAACAACUACCGGAUCGUCAAGGAGAUCUUGAUUAGGCUGAGCAAGCUGUGCGUGCAGAACAAGAAAUGUCGUAAUCAACACCAACGGUUGCUGAAAAACAUGGGGGCUCACUCUGUGGUGCUGGACCUCCUGCAGAUCCCCUAUGAGAAGACCGACGAGAAGAUGAACGAGGUGAUGGACUUAGCCCACACCUUCCUGCAGAACUUCUGCCGUGGGAAUCCGCAGAAUCAAGUUCUCCUACACAAACAUCUCAAUCUCUUCCUGACUCCUGGACUCCUUGAGGCAGAGACCAUGCGGCACAUCUUCAUGAACAAUUACCACCUGUGCAGCGAGAUCAGUGACAGGGUGGUCCAGCACUUUGUGCACUGCAUUGAGACACACGGCCGCCAUGUGGAGUACCUGAGGUUCUUGCAGACGAUCGUGAAGGCAGAUGGCAAAUACGUGAAAAAAUGCCAGGACAUGGUGAUGACUGAGUUGAUCAAUGGGGGUGAGGAUGUGCUGAUAUUCUACAACGACAGAGCUUCGUUUCCCAUCCUCCUCAACAUGAUGUGCUCCGAGAGAGCCCGUGGGGAUGAGAGCGGCCCCCUGGCCUACCACAUCACCCUUGUGGAGCUGCUGGCGGCAUGCACCGAGGGGAAGAACGUCUACACGGAAAUCAAGUGCAAUUCUCUCUUGCCUCUGGACGACAUAGUGAGGGUGGUGACCCACGAUGACUGCAUUCCGGAGGUCAAAAUCGCGUAUGUGAACUUUGUCAACCAUUGUUAUGUUGACACUGAAGUGGAGAUGAAGGAAAUCUAUACGAGUAACCACAUUUGGAAGUUAUUUGAGAAUUUCUUGGUGGAUAUGGCGAGGGUCUGUAACACCACCGCAGACAGGAAACAUGCAGACACCUUUCUGGAGAGGUGUGUGACAGAGUCAGUCAUGAACAUCGUGAGCGGCUUCUUCAACUCGCCGUUUUCGGAUAACAGUACCAGCCUCCAGACCCACCAGCCGGUCUUUAUCCAGCUGCUGCAGUCUGCCUUCAGAAUUUACAACUGCACCUGGCCCAACCCAGCCCAGAAAGCUUCGGUGGAGUCCUGCAUCAGAGCCCUGGCUGAAGUGGCCAAAAACCGUGGGAUUGCAAUCCCGGUCGAUUUGGACAGCCAGGUCAACACGCUCUUCAUGAAGAACCACUCGAGUACAGUGCAGAGAGCGGCCAUGGGUUGGAGACUCUCGGCUCGCUCUGGACCUCGCUUCAAGGAAGCUCUUGGAGGGCCAGCAUGGGAUUACAGAAAUAUUAUUGAAAAGUUGCAGGAUGUCGUGGCCUCUCUGGAACAGCAGUUCAGCCCCAUGAUGCAGGCCGAGUUCUCUGUGCUUGUGGAUGUGCUGUACAGUCCGGAGCUACUGUUCCCAGAGGGAAGCGAUGCCAGGAUAAGAUGUGGUGCCUUCAUGUCCAAGCUGAUUAAUCACACAAAGAAACUGAUGGAGAAAGAAGAAAAGCUGUGCAUUAAGAUUCUCCAGACAUUGCGGGAGAUGCUGGAGAAGAAAGACAGCUUCAUGGAAGAGGGCAGCACAUUACGGAGAAUCCUCCUGAAUCGGUACUUCAAGGGCGAUCACAGUGUCAGUGUGAACGGACCUCUGUCAGGAGCCUAUGCCAAGACAGCGCAAGUGGCAGGAGGCUUCUCUGGGCAGGACUCAGAUAAGACAGGGAUUUCAAUGUCUGAUAUCCAGUGUUUGCUGGACAAAGAAGGAGCGUCCGAACUUGUCAUUGAUGUCAUUGUGAACACCAAAAACGACAGGAUCUUUUCUGAAGGCAUCUUGCUUGGCAUUGCCUUGCUGGAAGGAGGAAACACACAAACCCAGUAUUCUUUCUACCAGCAGUUGCACGAACAAAAAAAGUCAGAGAAAUUUUUCAAAGUCCUUUACGAUCGGAUGAAGGCCGCUCAGAAAGAGAUCAGAUCCACGGUGACUGUCAACACCAUAGACUUAGGGAGCAAGAAGAGAGAAGAAGACAGUGACCUCAUGGCCCUGGGCCCUCGGAUGAGAGUGAGAGACUCAUCGCUACAUUUGAGGGAGGGAAUGAAAGGGCAGUUAACAGAGGCGUCUUCAGCCACAUCCAAAGCAUACUGUGUGUACAGAAGAGAAAUGGACCCGGAAAUAGACGCAAUGUGCCCAGGACAGGAAGCAGGGAGUGCGGAGGAAAAGUCCGCGGAGGAAGUUACUAUGAGCCCGGCCAUCACCAUCAUGCGGCCCAUCCUCAGGUUCCUGCAGUUACUGUGUGAGAAUCACAACAGGGAGCUUCAGAACUUCUUGAGGAACCAGAACAACAAAACAAACUACAACCUUGUCUGUGAAACACUUCAGUUUCUAGACUGCAUCUGUGGAAGUACCACAGGGGGCCUAGGCCUGCUGGGGCUCUACAUCAACGAGAAGAACGUAGCUCUGGUCAACCAGACUCUGGAGAGCCUGACGGAGUACUGCCAGGGCCCGUGCCAUGAGAACCAGACCUGUAUUGCCACUCACGAAUCGAAUGGGAUUGAUAUCAUCAUCGCCUUGAUUCUGAAUGACAUUAACCCUCUGGGCAAGUACAGAAUGGACUUGGUACUGCAGCUGAAGAACAACGCCUCCAAGCUUCUGCUGGCCAUUAUGGAAAGCAGGCACGACAGCGAGAAUGCGGAGAGAAUUCUCUUCAACAUGAGACCCAGGGAACUGGUGGAUGUCAUGAAGAACGCCUAUAACCAAGGCCUGGAAUGUGACCACGGGGACGAGGAGGGAGGGGAUGAUGGUGUUUCACCGAAAGACGUUGGACACAACAUCUACAUUCUGGCCCAUCAGUUGGCCCGCCACAAUAAGCUGCUGCAGCAGAUGCUCAAGCCUGGAUCUGAUCCUGAGGAAGGGGAUGAAGCCUUGAAGUAUUACGCCAAUCACACGGCACAGAUCGAGAUUGUGCGGCACGACCGGACAAUGGAGCAGAUUGUGUUCCCUGUCCCCAAUAUCUGCGAAUUCCUCACGCGGGAAUCCAAGUACCGAGUGUUCAACACAACGGAGAGGGAUGAGCAAGGAAGCAAAGUGAACGACUUCUUCCAGCAAACGGAAGAUCUCUACAAUGAGAUGAAAUGGCAAAAGAAGAUCAGAAACAACCCCGCCCUGUUCUGGUUCUCCAGGCACAUCUCCCUCUGGGGGAGUAUCUCCUUCAACCUGGCUGUGUUCAUCAACCUGGCUGUGGCUCUCUUCUACCCAUUUGGGGAUGACGGCGAUGAAGGCACACUCUCCCCGCUGUUCUCAGCCCUCCUUUGGGUAGCAGUGGCGAUCUGCACAUCUAUGCUGUUCUUCUUCUCCAAGCCCGUGGGCAUCCGGCCAUUCCUUGUGUCUGUCAUGCUCAGAUCAAUAUACACCAUUGGUCUGGGGCCGACGCUAAUACUUCUUGGUGCUGCCAAUCUGUGUAAUAAAAUCGUGUUCCUGGUGAGCUUUGUGGGAAACCGAGGCACGUUCACCCGAGGUUACCGAGCAGUCAUUCUGGACAUGGCCUUUCUUUACCAUGUGGCCUAUGUCCUGGUGUGCAUGCUUGGCCUCUUUGUCCACGAGUUCUUCUACAGCUUCCUGCUUUUUGAUUUGGUGUACAGAGAAGAGACCCUGCUGAACGUCAUCAAAAGUGUCACACGGAACGGCCGCUCCAUCAUCCUGACCGCGGUCUUGGCUCUUAUCCUGGUCUACCUGUUCUCCAUCAUCGGCUUCCUUUUCUUAAAGGAUGACUUCACCAUGGAGGUGGACAGACUGAAAAACAGAACUCCAGUCACAGGCAGUCAUGGGGUUCCUACUAUGACCUUACCUUCCAUGAUGGGAACCUGCCAGAAGGAAAACUGCUCACCCACGAUCCUCUCUUCAAACACAGCUGGUGAGGGAAGUGAGGACGGCAUAGAAAGGACCUGUGACACCCUGCUCAUGUGCAUUGUCACCGUGCUGAACCAGGGCCUCAGGAAUGGCGGCGGAGUUGGGGAUGUGCUGAGACGACCCUCAAAGGAUGAGCCUUUGUUUGCUGCCCGGGUGGUCUAUGACCUCUUGUUUUUCUUCAUCGUCAUUAUCAUCGUUCUUAACCUGAUUUUUGGUGUGAUCAUUGACACUUUUGCUGACCUCAGAAGUGAGAAGCAGAAGAAAGAAGAAAUUCUCAAGACAACCUGCUUCAUCUGUGGCCUGGAGAGGGACAAGUUUGAUAACAAGACGGUGUCCUUUGAGGAGCACAUCAAAUCAGAGCACAACAUGUGGCAUUACUUGUAUUUCAUCGUCCUGGUGAAGGUGAAGGACCCUACAGAAUAUACGGGGCCUGAGAGCUACGUGGCUCAGAUGAUCACGGAAAAGAACUUGGACUGGUUUCCUCGGAUGCGAGCCAUGUCACUUGUCAGCAACGAAGGUGACAGUGAGCAAAAUGAGAUCCGGAACCUGCAGGAGAAGCUGGAGUCUACCAUGGGUCUGGUGAGGCAGCUGUCAGGGCAGCUGGCAGAGCUGAAGGAGCAGAUGACAGAACAAAGGAAAAACAAGCAAAGGCUGGGCUUCCUUGGAUCAAACACACCCCAUGUGAACCAUCACAUGCCACCGCACUGACACCAUGGGGGCACGCCGUGACCAGCCUUUCAUCGGAUGCCUGCUUCAUCACUGAGGGAUGGAGAUGGAGGGGAGCGAACAGUGGCUAUUGUUGAAAAGCUUAAAAACAACCAAGUGCCAAGAUGCUGAGCCAUUUAGCUCCCAGAACAAUCUGUAACUGUGUUUGCACGCUUGAGAAGAUUCAAGCUUAGGAAAAAAAAAAAAAAACAGCAUAGGGCACAGACUCUCCAUGUGGCAGGAAGUGGUGGCCAGCCUGAGGGGCUGGAGGGGGUGGGAGAGUCUGAUCGGAGUAGCAGACCUCCCCCUGCUAGAUCGAUAGGCCUUGGACUUGUGUCACACGAUGGCUGCAGCCUCCAGCCUCCUCGGACUUGUGUCACACGAUGGCGGCAGCCUCCGUCAUGUCAUGACCGGCUGGAAUUUGUUUCUUCGAAUUGUGGCACUCGGGUCACUGAGACAGGAAGCCACACUCUGCUGGCUAAGUCUGACUAAGGAAAAACUUAAAAGAUUAAAAAGGAGAAUUGAAAAGGUGUCAUUAAACUUCCGAACCUCACGUGUUAGCUGGAUGUUUUCUUCUUGGCAGGAGACAUGAUGGGCUCAGAGCACUACCCCUCAGUGCCUCACUCAGAGUUCAUACUCCACACACUGCAAACCAUAAACUGGAUCAGGGCUGCUGUCUCCAGGACUCUGUGUGGGCCUGUGCAACAGGAAGCUCUCAUAGAACUGGCUAAGUGUGUGCUCAAAGUCACAUGCGUGCUAAGACCUGGAGAAGGGAAGCUUGACCAUAAGACCCGGGAAGUAAUGUUUUGAAUGCUACUAAAAUAGACAGGCAUUGAAAAGAGACACAUUGAAAGGGUGACAGUGAACAUUGAGAGGCCUCCAGGGGCCUUGCCUUUUAAAAGCUGAUUGAUUUAUAUCUGAGGUGCUUGAGGACCUUCAUGUUUUCAAUCCCUGCAGCUGCAGGGUGGGGCGGGGGAGGACAUCUAAGAACUGUAGAAUAUACAACAUUUCAAUGGCCUACUUAAGACUAUUAGAGUAAUGGCUUUUCAAGAGGUAGGCAGAUCAUAAUUCCUUCCCCCAAACUGUUUUCAUGUCAACUCAUGCAACCAGAACUCAUCAAGGGAAAAGUGUAACCCGGAAGGAGAGGUUUCCUUUGGAGACUGUGUGAGGUGUCAGAGACUGACAGAUGAGGAAAGUGUGAGGCAGUCUUGUGGUGAGGGGCCACCAGCCAAGACACUACAUUAUAAACCAGAGACCCUCUGACCUCCAGAUUCUUUAAGCUCUGAGCCACCAAGGGCCACAUGGGGUUUGUUACAACUUUUAAAGCUUUAUGGCAUUUCAAUACAGUUUUAGCUGUUAGCUCUUAAAAAUUAAAAAUAAAAAAGUUAAAUCCUGGCUCCUAAAAAAAGUCAAUCAAUCAAAUCCUGGGUCUAUAUAGACCCGCUGUACAGGCAGGAACCCGAAUGGGUUCCAACUUCAUGGGUGUAGCCUUGGAAAUACCGAGGUGCCCUUUCUGACUAAAUUCACUAGGACUCGAUCCCCACACACUAGGACCACCCAAAGUUAGGAAGUGCUCCUAGCCAGAGCAGUGCUUCUCUUAGCCUCCAGUGUGAAGAUGCUGAUGGUGUGACCUCAGGUGUUCUAGGCUAAAACAGCAUACCACUGACCUUUGACCCUUGUCAGAGACCUGUGUGCAGGUACCCUUAGUUCCUUGCUAAAAUUUUAAACUAUAAUCACAAACUUUAUUUUUUUUUUAAGGGUGUCACCAAAAUUAGGCUAAGGCAGCCAUGUUUAAAGCCCAGUGCCAUGAAUGCUGCAACAGUACAAUAUUCUGGGCAAUCAGAAGGGCAGGUGCCGCUUCAGCUGCUUCUGUCUGCUGUGACCUCCCAGCCUGUGCCGGCAGCUCACAGUUCGACACUGUGGUUUCUCCUGUGGGAAAUAUCCAAAAGCUUUCACCUGAUGAAGCUCUCAACUAUGUCGAAAAUAAAGUUUUUUUCAGCUGCACUUUUCUUUUUCCUUCCCCUCUACAAGAUGAAAGAUUAUAAAGCAAAAAUUUAAAAACAUCAGACAAAACAAAGGCACUUUCUAGGACACUGAAUUCAUAAAGAUGUUAAAAAUGAGGAAAUUUGGUGUCAGGUGAGUGUAUAUUUGUUAUGUAUGUUUGUUAAUGUGGCUGGAGUAGUUGACAGAAGUUGGAUAUAGUUGGUAUUUUCAUAUGUAUAUAGUGAUAUUAAAAAUACAGUCACCUCUGACUUAUAUGCUAGGGAGGGCUUUUUAAAUAUUUAAUAUUUAGGUUAUUAAAAUCCAUACUGGUUAAAAGUCACAGUUCUCGCUGAAUGAUAUUUUUAAUUUACACAAGGGUUUGUUCCCAGGUGUGCUCUAUUCUGCAUCUCAAGAGUUUAAUCAAAGACAUUUCCUAAAUUAAAAUGAUUGUUUGUGAUUAGAGAUCUUACACUGUCUAGAGAUAUAACAUUGGCCAAUUGUACGCACACAAAGAUGCUAUUUCUACCCUUUAGAAAGUUGUCAGGAAGGGCUUAUUUUCACGAAUUUGCCAUUUUCUCUGCCCCCAACCCACACCCCGUGGAAAAAAAUCAGUUUUUGGUAGACUGUUGAUAAUUUCAGGAAGCUAAUUCAUUUGAUUCAGAUCCUCAUAUUUCCCACUUACAGCUUGGACUUGCAGAUGCCUCCAAAAAGUUGUUUAAUUAUAAACUGUAAUGUGAUGUGGCUCCAUCCCUGGAAUUAAGUGUAGGCAAGGAGGGCUGGGAGUUGAUGAAGUCCUCCACUGAGAGCUUUACUUCCCAGGGUGCUAUCUAACAGGAAGGGAGUGCCAAGCGCCCAUCCCUGGGACCCAGACAAUAAGAAUACUCCUGCGAAAUAGUGAUGACCUACUCACAGCUCAGAACCCGUAAACAUGCAGACGGCCAUGACCUACUCACAGCUCAGAACCCGUAAACAUGCAGAUGGCCAUGCUGUGUGGAAGAGUAACCCCUUCCACACUGCUGGGAAAUGAAACACAGUUAGCCCUGGAGGGAGCAGGCCUCUUAAGUCCAGACAGGAUGCCUGCCUGCGGAGCCAGGUAAAGAGCUGAGCUGCUUGUAGAUCUGAGGCCCUUCCCUGAGCAGGGGGGCAGGAAGGCUGUGUAAGCCAUGAUAAGC